GCUUCAAACAGAGACUCCUCCAGAGCCCGCCCUCCAUGGCUGCAAUCUCUUCAAUCUCCGUUUCUCCCAUCCCCAAAACCCUAAUCCCUACCCGAACCCAAAAACUUCCUCCCACGACAUCUUUCCGCUACCCAAAACCCUAUUCCUUAUCCAUUUCCUCAAUUAGGAGCCCCAAGACCCGAGCAGCCGACUUCUCUUCAUUCUCCGCCAUUGUGGGACAAGACCUGCACAGUGACGCAGAUGAAUCGAUUGGCGUUGACACUCUCAAACGUUUCAUUGAUAUCAAUUUGGGUUGCUGGAACGGCUCUUUCUACCAAUUUGAUUCUCUGGGGAAUUUGACCCAAAAAGUGAGUACGAAGCUUGCAGUGGGCUCUUAUGGAGAAGAUGAACUCAUUAGUCUCAUUCAAACGUUAUACAUAAAACAACCCCCAUCAAGCACUUCAUGUUCUGGUGAUGACGAUGAGCCAGCGUGGGCAGAGUACAAAAUCAAAGAAAUCAAUUUGUUUACUGUGGACAAGUAUCAACAGAUUGGCUUUUUUUCCAAUGAGAGGGCAUUUGCUUUAAGAUACCAGACAGCAGGCAUGUUAGAGACUGUGUUAAGGCAAGGGGUUCUUGGUGAAGAUGACAGUGGAGAAGAAUCACCCAAAAAUCUGAAGCUUCCGUCUCGCCGACCUUCUAUUGUAUGUGAGAAUUGCCUUUAUUCACAGGAGAGUGAUCUGCGGGCUAGAGCAUUCCACAUCAUGGACCCAAAAGGCAUUUUAGACAUGAUUGGUAUUUUCCUUGAAGAAAGAGGCAACGGGAAAUUCUUUCCUCCUUCCAUUGACAUUUCUAAGGACAAAACAAACAGGAUUACACCAUUUCUUGGUAAAUGGAAAGGUCGUUCUGUGACAAAGCGCAGUGGUGUUUAUGGAUCAACAAUUGCUGAAGCUAAUACAGUUUCCUUACUUGAAAUUAAUGACAAUGAUCAGCUGGUCCAGGAUAUUUCUUCAACAUCCACAUCUGGAGGAGGAGAUGUCACCACUAAUGUACAUUGGACCGGUGCCUUGUCAGGCAACUUGGCUACAUUUGAAGGGGGUUUCCAGAUGACCUUACUGCCUGGUGGCAUGUACAUGGGAUAUCCAUCUGAUAUCGCAAAGAGCGUGGCAGAAUCCAAGUCAUUCCACCUGGAGUUCUGUUGGCUUGAAUCACCUGGGAAAAGGCAGAGACUGGUUCGCACUUAUGACAUGGAAGGCUUGGCUGUUUCCUCAACCCAUUUUUCUGAGACGAGAGUGUAAGUGCUCCAGCCUCAUUGUACACACAGCAAGAUCUAUCUUCUCCAAAUCUGCACCAUCCAAAAACCCCAAAAAUGAAAUCAAAGGUAAAUGAAUGUCCCAGUGUUUUUAUAUGACCUCUACAUAAUUCUGAUUGUAUCAAAAUCUCAGGAAAUCCUGUCCCAGAUGUAGUUUUCUUCAACUUGCCAAGUUGCCUUUGGAUUGAAAGUGAACGUUACAAAACCUUGUUGUAAACACGUAAUGACAUCGAAUGAACUUCUCAACUUGCUUGUUGGGCCUCCCCAAAACUGUGUAGGGCGGUAAUGCCGUAAUGUCUUGGCUUCAAUGAUCCCCACCUCCUUUUUGUACCAAAUUAUUUGACCAUUCGAUGGUUGCCAUUUAAUACGAUACAUGCCGCCCCAUUCACUUUUUCA